AUGGCAAAACUUAUUGGUGAACAAGUGGAAACCUUUACUGAUAAGGUCGCUGCUAAUGAUGAGGGAGGUAAAGGUUGUGCUAGCUUGAAGUUUAUUCGGGUUUUCCGUGAAUACAAUCGGGAACAUAAACCAGAUUUGCUUAGCCUUAUUGAAACGAGGGUCAAUGGAGGAAAAGCUGAUUCGGUUAUUGCAAAACUUGGUUUUCAUCGUUCACAUCGUGUGGAGGCAACGAGGUUUUCUGGUGGUAUAUGGAUUUGUUGGAAGGAAUCUGUUUGUGUGAAUGUUCUCAAAAAUCAUUCUAAAUUUGUGUUAGUUAAAGUUACUAGUACCUCUUUCAGGCAACCUUUUCUGGUCACCUUUGUGUAUGGUAGCCCUAAUUAUAGUAAAAGGAGACUUUUAUGGGAGGCUUUACAUAGAACUAUUCCAGUUGAUGGGUCUCCAUGGAUGGCGAUUGGUGACUUUAACACUAUUUUUUCUCCCACUGAAAGGAGAGGGGGUUGGACUCUAGGGAAAAGAUGGCAUCCGUUCAGAUUCUUAGCGGGUUGGGUUGAACAUCUAGUGUUUUCGGAUUUCGUUAAAGAGAAUUUGAGGGUUUCUGCUAACAUGUCAACAGUACACUCCAAGUUUACUAAUCAAGUUAAAAGAUGGAAUAAAGAUGUGUAUGGUCAUAUUGCUACCCGUAAGAAGCUUUUGACUAAAAACCUUCAUAGCAUUGAGAUUGAGCAGAUAGAAGAAACUUGGCAUAUCUUAAUCAAAUUGAGAUAG